AUGAGUUUAAUUAAUUUAAACACAUCACAAAUGGAACAAAUUUUUUUACUUCUAGAAGAUAUGUGUUAUCUUUCCUAUCCUCAAUCACAACAAAAAUUAAAUAAAUAUAUACAAACUGCAACAAAUACAAAAUUGUGUUUUCUUAUACCAAUUUUAGCAAAAUCAGAAGAAAUGAUAAUUCAUGUAAUAGGAGAAAAAAUUUUAGAUAGAGAAUUAAGAUUUUCUAUAUCAAAUAAUAUUUUAUAUAAAACUAUACAAAAUAAAAAAAAGCCAAUUGCUAUAGAUAUGACAAUACUUGAUGAAGAAUUAUUAUAUCAUCUUCAACCAAUAUGUUCAAUAUCAAGUUCAUUUCUAACUAUUCCUAUAAUACAUCCUAAACAGAAUUAUAUAGCUUUAUUAGUUUGUUUGAUUGAUAAUGAUUCCAAAAAUGAAAUUACAUGUAAAUGUGCAAUAGUACAAGACUGUUUUAGAUUUUGCUUAGGAUUUCUUCUAAAUUCACUCACAUGUUAUGAGGAAACUCGAUUGAAACUACAAUGUCAAAAGUUACUUGCUGUUUCUAGAAAACUUUAUAUAUAUUUAGGCGAGAUUUCUGAUUUAUUGCGAGAAAUAAUGAUAGAAGCUAAAAAUCUAACAAAUGCAGAACGCUGUUCAUUAUUUUUAUUAGAUCCUGAACAACAAGAUCUAGUUGCUAAAGUGUUUGAUGGUAUUGCUAUAGAUAAAUCUCUGGAAGAAAUGAGAAUACCAAUAGGACAAAGUAUAGCAGGUCAUGUUGCAACUAGUGGAAAAGUGCUUAAUAUUAAAAAUGCAUAUGAACAUCCUCUUUUUUAUCCUGGUAUAGAUCAAAUAACAGGAUUUAGAACAAGAAAUAUUUUAUGUUUUCCAAUUAGAGAUGAAGAAAAAAUUGUAGGUGUUGCACAACUUUGUAACAAAAAAAAUGGAUUAUACUUUGAUGUUUUUGAUGAAGAAGUUGCAACAGCAUUUAGUAUUUAUUGUGGUAUUUCUCUAAUGCAUAGUAUUGUUUAUAAAAAAAUGCAAAUUGCUCAAGCAAGAAGUAAGCUUAGUAAUGAAGUGAUGAUGUAUCAUAUGAAGGUAGAUGAAGAAAGUAUUCAAGUAAUUUUGAACUGUAAGGACAAACAUGAUAUAAAAGACUUUAAUAAAUUUGAAUUUUGUCCUAGAAAUGUACCUUAUAAUAGUAUACCUUGUUAUAUAAUUAAAAUGUUUGAUGACUUAGGUCUUAUUAAAUAUUGGAAAUUGAAAUUGCCAACUUUAAUUAGAUUUAUAUUGUAUGUAAAAAAAGGAUAUAGAGAUGCACCAUAUCAUAAUUGGAUACAUGCAUUUUCUGUGACACAUUUUGCAUAUUUAUUAAUAGAAAAUUUAAAUCUUAUUAAUGAUAAUUAUUUAACACAUUUAGAAGCUUUAACUUUUCUAGUGUCUUGCUUAUGUCAUGAUAUAGAUCAUAGAGGAACAAAUAAUAUGUUUCAAACGAUAGGCUCUACAGUUUUAGCUAGUCUAUACAGUUCUGAAGGUUCCGUAAUGGAGAGACAUCAUUUUGCACAAACUAUGUGUAUUUUAAAUACAGAAGGUUGUAAUAUAUUUGAAAAUUUUAAUAGUAAAGAAUAUAGUGAAGUAUUAAAUAUGUUGAAGAAUAAUAUACUUGCAACAGAUUUAGCAUCUCAUUUUCGAAAAGUAAAGAAACAGGAAAUGAUGAUUAAAGAUAAAUUUGAUAAAAAUAAUCUUACACAUAAAAAGUUAUUGAUCGAUAUGUUCAUGACAUGUUGUGAUCUUAGUGAUCAAACUAAAUAUUGGGAAAUUACUAAAAAAAAUUGCGAAAAAAUUUAUGAGGAAUUUUUUUCACAAGGAGAUUUGGAAAAAAGUAUGGGUACUUCUCCUAUAGAAAUGAUGGAUAGAGAACGAGCAUCUAUACCAGAUCUUCAAGUUCAUUUCAUUACAAAUGUAGUUCUUCCACUUUUUAUUAAUCUUUCUACAUUAUUUCCAAUGAUACAACCACUUACUGAUGUGCUAAAAGAAAAUCGAGAUUUAUGGGAAGAAUCUAAAAACGUAUUUAAAAAAUACAUGGAAAAAGGAAUGGAAGGUAUAACUAUCCUAUUGAAUCCUACUUUUGAGAAAGAAGUAGUAGAACUUUAUGCUCAACGCAAAAAAGAUUUCAGUUUUAAUGAUUCAACAUUAAAAUAAUAUACAACAAUGUAAAGGUGUAUAUUUAUUAUGAAUG